AUGUCCCACGAAAACCCCGCAACAGAUCGCGAAGACCUGCGCACGGACUUUGUCACCCUCACCAACGACAUUCUCACCGGCCAGCUCAAACAUGGCCGUGCCACCGGCGACCUGACCAUUCUGUUGACCGCUAUCUCGAGCGCGUGCAAGUGGAUCUCGAACGUUGUCAGGAAGGCGGAGUUGAUGAAAGUCAUCGGCGUAACAGGCGGCACGAACGUACAAAACGAGAACGUGCAAAAGCUGGACAUUCUCAGCAACCAGAUCAUGUGCAACCUCCUGCGCGAGUCUGGCCGCACGGCGAUCUUGGUGUCGGAGGAGGACGAUGAGGCGAUCUUUGUGGAUGGCGGGAAGCAGGGGCAGUACUGCGUGUGCUUUGACCCGCUGGAUGGGUCGAGCAAUAUUGACUGUGGGGUGUCGAUUGGGACUAUUUUUGGGAUCUAUAAAGUGAAGAAUGAAUCGGGAAAGCCCACGUUGGCCGAUGUCCUCCGUCCCGGAACGGAGAUGGUUGCUGCUGGAUACUGCAUGUACGGCAGUUCGACGGUCCUAGUCCUCACAUUCACCGGCUCCAACCAGGUCAACGGGUACACCCUCGACCCUCACAUCGGUGAAUUCGUGUUGACCCACCGCAACAUGAAACUCGGCAAAAAGAAGAUCUACUCCGUCAACGAAGGCAACGCGCACACCUUCGACCCAGCCAUCAAAGGCUACAUCGACUCGCUCAAGUUCCCGCCCGCAGGCCACACAGGCAAAUUCACCCCGUACUCGGCUCGUUAUGUCGGGAGUAUGGUUGCCGACGUACACCGAACAAUCCUCUACGGCGGCGUCUUCCUCUACCCCGGCGCCAAACUGCGCAUUCUCUACGAAUGCUUCCCCAUGGCCCUCCUCAUCGAAGCGGCAGGCGGGAAAGCGUCCACGGGCCGACAACGCAUGCUGGACAUUGUGCCGGACAAGCUGCAUGCGCGGUCGGGGAUCGUGCUGGGGACCGCGGAGGAGGUUGAGGCUGUUGAGGGGUGGUAUAGGAAGGUGGAUGCGGGGAAGAAGUAA